AAAUCUUUCUAUAGUGCCUCCACCUAAAAUCUGCCUGUGUAUUAACAGAGGACAGUUGAUUCAGUAGUGGUUCAGUUCCAGGCGAGAUGAUAAUUGCGCUUUCGUUGUACCCGUUUGUAUUUUUGACUUUUUGCUAAUCAAUAACACCGAUCCGAAAAAACAAAUAUGUUCGGUGGAAAGAAGGAAGUGAAACGUAAGGCGAGACCUGCGGGCCGUGGCGGAAGCCUGGCUCAGUAUGGUUUAUUCGACAUGCCGAAUGAUUUGGGUAAUGUUGGUGGAAUGGAAGGCUUUGACGACAACGACGAUAACGAUGAAGAUUUUGAGGCAGAGCUGGCCGCCUUAACUUCUGGCACUGGGGCAGAGCCUAAAAAACGUAAAGCACCUCCUAAAGUACUUCCAAGCGCACGACUGGAUGCCAUGGUUGCUGAAAGUAUGAGGGAUAUAGGAGAUGAUGAGGAACUCUCAGGAGAUGAAGAUGAUCCAGACCUAUUGGAGGAGCUGAAUGAAUUAACAGGAGGAGAUUCCGAGACAGCUGCGGUUCCUGACGAAGAUGAAACUGCUGCAGCUGUCCCAGAUGAUGGAUCUGCUGAAGAAUCUGGGGCUACAAUAAAACUUCUGGAGGAAAGAAUUGCCACUUACACCCUAGCUGUAAAAAAGGCAAAUGCUGAAAAUGAGGGGGGUCGGGCCCGUAGGUAUGCUCGGGGCUUGAAAACUCUGGAAGAGAUGCUGGCUGAUGCUAAACAUGGGCGUCCUAUAAAUACUGCUGAUGUCCCACCCCUACUGCCACCUUCUGCCACUGGUGUUACUAGUCCAGAUGAUAAGCCAAAUGUUCCAGUACCUACAUCUGAAGGUCCGUCGGAGUUAAAAACGCCGGAGAGUGCCCCUGUUUCUAGUGAGGCUAUGGAAGAAAAUCUAAGAAUGCUCAAAGAAAGACAGCGUGAAUAUAAGCUAGCUGCACUUGCUUGGAAGAAGGCAGGGAAUAAUGACGAAGCCAUACUUUUAGUUCGAAUUUCCAAACAGUUCGAUGCCGUUUUUGAGGCACUUAGUGCGGGAAAGCCGGUAGAUUUAUCGGAUAUGCCGCCCUCACCGUCUCUCCCUACAACGAUACCCUCGGCAAAUGAUGCACCACCGGUUGCGUCUGUAAAAGAGGACUCCGAAACGCAGCACGAAACUCCACCGCCACCAUCGCAAGCAGCCGUUGGUGACGCAGAUGGUGACGUUCUAGGUUCAGCCCUAAAAGAACGCCUGGAAGUGUACAAGCGUUCAAAAGUAACUGCAGAAGCUGAUGGCAAAGGCGCCAAAGUAAGAAUGUAUGGCCGCCUUUGUAAGCAAUUUGAAGAGGCUAUAAAAAAGCACGAGCGUGGUAAGCCAAUCGACCUGGAGGAUUUACCCACUCCACCUGGAUUUCCGCCUCUCGCCACUCUUUUGGGACCUCCACCUGCUGUUGCUUCUGUGCCUAAGCCUCCUGCGGAACCCUUAAUAGAUGAAUCUGAAGCCAAAACAGAUCCUGUAUCAGAACCGAUUCCAUCAGCAGACCCCUCCGAACAGUCGGAACCGGCAGCUUCACCAAAUAGAAAAGCUCCUGAGCCACCCCCAAGAUCAAAGCAAGGCAUCAAACCGCAGAGACAAGGACGAACACGGGCCGACAAACAGUUGGCGGAAUUGCAACAGCGUCAACAUGAACUGAAACAAGCUGCGUUAGCGGCAAAACAGGAUGGUGAUCUGGAAUUGGCCAGGACUUAUUUGAGGCAGGCCAAAGGCAUGGAUCCUCUGAUACAAGCUAGUGUGGGUGGGUUACCAGUAGAUAUGAACUCGGUGCCACUUUCACCGCUUGCUAAAUUGCGUUUGGAUGAACUGAGCGAUUCCGACACUUUUGUCGUCGUCAGUCAGGAUCCCGCAUCCGUGGAAGGUGGUGGCGACGAUCAGCAGAUAUAUGAAAAUAUGGAGAAUCAACUAGUCAAACAAAUAAAGACUUGUUUAUCGACACGCGAUCAUUCCAAGGCUCUUGGCGAUGUUCCAGGAUAUAAUCGUUGGGAACGACUAGCGUUGGGAUAUACUCGCGAUUUGGAUAUGCUUAGAGUUAAGCGGAGAGACGCUCUACCUCCACCUGUGCAUCAUUACGAAACCAAGACCUAUGCUAUUGUCCAAAGUUGUACAGAUCUAGGAGAUGCCGACCUAGAGAUCAGUAUAGUGAGAGGAGUUAAUUAUCCUCGAGAAGCAGACACCUACGUAAUGUUCGAAUUCCCAUGGCCGACUGAUAGUCCACUGUCAAAUAGAACAUCUACAAUUAGGGAAAGUAACAAUCCAGAGUAUGAAGCGGUGUUUCCUCUGACCGGGGCGAUCGAUCGCAGUUCCAGGCAGUGCCAGCGGGUCUUUAAAAGACAUGGACUCAAGUGCCAAGUCUGGUCAAAAGGAUGCUCGAUGAACCUCAUCCUGUGUUGCACUCACCCAAGAGGGUUUUUCCGCAGCGACAGCCUUCUCGGUACUGUUACAGUUAAACUGCAGCCUUUGGAAACGCAAUGUAUCCUCCACGAUUCGUUUCCGUUGAUGGACGGAAGGAAAGCGACGGGAGGAAAACUAGAAGUAAAGAUAAGGUUGAGGAAUCCAAUUCUUACGAAACAAAUCGAACAAGUUACAGACAAGUGGUUAGUCAUCGAUCGUUAGUGAAAUCGAUAAGCUUUAUGGUAACGCACCACGCCUUGGAGACAGAUUCAAUUAUUAUUAUAGUUAUUCGCCUAGUUUCUGGCAACGUUAUAAAUUUAGCGAGCGGUAUUGCUACCAAUGAUACCCCGCCAACGACUAAUAUAUCCAUCUGCCCGUAUCCCGUCUCUUUUAGCUUUUAAUAAAGAAUAAUAUUUUCACAUUGUCAUAAUAUGAUAUGUAUAUUUUAUGUACAGAUAGGUGUAUUUAUGUAUAUGAGACACGUAGUGAAGGCACAGUUUAUGUAGCGCAAUCGAAAGAUUUUUAUUUACCUAUAAAAACGUGAAAAAUCAUAUACAAUUACCUACAUGCAAGGGCUUCAAUAAAAACAAUCGAAGAAAUCGGAA